AACAAACAGAGGGGAAAGAUCAGAAGGAGAAAGAGACAUACAACUAAGUAAGUAAAUUAUUAGAGCUUGAUUCUUCUUAAGAGGUCCCUAGCUAGGCUUGAUUGAAGCUCGAGCAUACGUGUGUUUUGGUACAAAAAAAAUUUUCAUGAUCAACUUUUCAUGUCUAUAUAAGAUUCUUGCCUUUGUUUGGCUUGUUCUCAGGAGUGUUUGAGGUUUGAGAAGAAUUCAAAGAUGGGUUACUGGAAAACAAAGGUGCUUCCCACAAUCAAGAAGGUGUUUGAGAACAAGACCAGUGUCAAGAAGGCUGCUGCUGCUGAUGCUUGCAAGUCCUUUGAUGAGUCUAAGGUUUGUGGCUCUUUCUUUAGUACAGAAUAUAUUUCAGUUGCAUAACGAAUAUUUAUUUCAUGAAUUAUAUAUGUUGAACUAUAUCUGUGUGGUUUUUCAGGAGAGUUAUGACAAGGAGUUCGAAGAGAAGAAGGCUGAGUAUCAAGUUAAAGUACUUGAAUUAUAUGAAGCUUCCUCUGCUGAAGUCAAGACUUUGAUCAAGGAGAGGAAGGAGGCAGCUUUGAAGAAGUACUCUGCUGCAGUCCACAAGUUCCUUGAAGAGCUUGCCAAAAUAGAAUUUCCAGGAUCGAAACCAGUCUCAGAAGCAUCAGAAAAGUAUGGAGCGGCCUACGUCCCAGGUCCAGUCUUCUAUGUGUUUGAGAAGGUGUCAACGUAUAUUGUGACAGAAAAGAAGGUAGAGGAGCCAACGCCAGCAGAACCAACACCAGCCAAAGCCGAAGAGGAAACAAGUUCCUCAAAAGAAAAGGAGAUAGUGAUCGAAGAAGAGAAGAAGGAAGAUGUUGUAGAGGUGAAGAAAGAAGAAGAAGAAGUGGUGGCAGUGGAGGAGAAGAAGGAAGAGCCUGAAGCAUGUGUUGAGGAAAAGCCUAAGGUUGAGGAACCUGCUCCUGCUUGUGAAGAGCCAGCAAAGCCUUGAGGAUCAUAUGUAAAUCAAGGACAUGAUCAUGAAGUAGUACUCCCCCCAAUUGUUUGUGAAAAAGUUUCAUUUCGAGAUUUGUUAUUCUUUAAAAUACCUGUAAUCUAUUUGGGACUAUUUGUUCUUGAUGAUUUUCCAAAGCUGUGUUUCAGUUUAUAUUCAUGUGUCUCUUUGUAUGUAUUGGUCAAUCAUUCAAAUGAAACCUCUGUGAAUUAUUACUAUGUAAUACCUUUUACAGUGCUGCAAGGAAGAAUGAAAGUACUUUUUGUUAUUUAUGUGUUCAUUGAUUGAUGAUAUAUAUGAUCUUCUUUCUCCCC